AUGCGCCUCUUGUUCUGGACCACGACCAGCCUCCUGCUGCUCAUAUCGUUCUUUACUUUCGUUUCUACCGGAUCAUUUGCGACAGAGACCGCUAUCCCGCAGGACGCUGCUCGUGACUUCUUUACGAGGCAUGCUGGGCCAGAAAAGACGUCGAAUCAUACCAACAACUGGGCAGUGUUAGUAUGCUCGUCCCGGUACUGGUUCAACUACCGACACAUGGCAAAUGCUCUUGGAAUGUAUCGUACGGUUAAGAGGCUUGGGAUACCCGACUCGAAUAUCAUCCUGAUGCUGGCGGACGACGUUGCGUGCAACGCGAGAAACAAGUUCCCUGCCACAGUGUUCUCGAAUCAAGGGCGGAGCUUAGACCUGUAUGGGGAGAAUAUUGAGGUGGACUACAGAGGGUACGAGGUUACCGUCGAGAACUUCAUCCGAGUCUUGACAGGCCGAAUGGACUCUUCCGUCCCUCGAUCGAAGCGACUUUUAACGGACGACCGGUCUAAUGUCUUCGUUUACAUGACCGGUCAUGGCGGAAAUGAGUUUCUCAAGUUCCAGGACAACGAGGAGAUAAGCGCAUUUGACAUCGCCGAUGCGUUCGAACAGAUGUGGCAGAAGAAACGGUAUAAUGAGAUAUUCUUUAUGAUCGACACCUGCCAGGCCAACAGUAUGUUCUCCAAGAUAUAUUCCCCCAACAUCCUGGCGACGGGUUCGUCCGAAGUCGGGGAGAACUCCUACUCUUACGAGAAUGACAAUGACGUGGGCGUUGCCGUCAUCGACACCUUCACGCACUACGUUCUGCAAUUCAUGGAAGGGAUCAACAAGACCAGCCAGCUGACCAUGCAGGACCUCUUCAACACGUUCUCGUUUGAUAAGAUCAAGUCAACACCGGGGGUGCGCUCGGAUCUGUUCGGUCGUCCGCUGGACCGCACGCUCAUCACUGACUUCCUCGGCGGAGUUGCGCAAGUCGAGCUGGUGGACGAGGAUGCGUCGGCCGAAGAGCCCUCUUUCUCUGCCGAUAACUUCUCAGAGCCGGAGUCACCGAGUGACGAGAUUUUACUCGCGGUGGAAGCAGAGUUACGCUCGGGGAAUAACAUCAGCAGGGGAGACCGCACCCCUACUACAGCAACGAACGUCGACUCUUCCUGGUACGGGCUUGUGAAGGUGCUGCGUGCGUGGGGUUCCGCAGCCGUAGUGGGAGGGCUGAUCGGAUGGAUCGUCACGUCCCGGUGAAGUAGGCGAGGGGAAUCUCACCCAGGUGAUAUGCUGUACUGUUACUACAUUCCGAUAAUCGCGAUUGGGGUCUUUUAGAUGGUUCGCCAUGCAACUGGUAUACAUACUGCAGCCUUACUUCGAG